AUAAGGCUAAAAGUAAGAAGAAGUUGCCUGUGGGAGGAUACUCUGGCAAAAAUCAAAAGGAUAAACCAUGAUUGCUUGAAUGGUAUUGUAACAGUCCAAUUUAUUGGAGAACCUGCAGUAGACGAGGGAGGACCUCGCAAAGAGUUUUUUUUCCUGGUUCACAAACACAUGCAACAGUCAUCAAGUCUGUUCACAGGACCUUCUAGUAACCGUAGGUUUGUUCACAAUGUAAUGGCUCUUCAGAGGGAGGAAUAUCUUCAUUAUGGCAUUAUUUCAGCUCUUUCAGUGCUUCAAGGUUCACCCGGUCCUGUAAUGUUUGCUGCCCCUAUUGUAGACUACAUCGUGUAUGGCAAACUAGAUUCAGUCUCAGUGCCAGUCAGUGACUUGCCCAGUGGAAAAGUGAAGACAACAUUAGAGGAGCUUGAAGCAAUCGGUGAUCGUGAGAGAUUUAAGCAAGAAGCAUCCUUUAACACACGACUAAGAUCCAAAGCAGGAUACGCAAAGCCCAUUGUAACUUUGGAAGACAAAGAUGAAUUUACCAGGUGCAUCUGCUUACACCAUCUCAUUUUAUGUACACAGACUAAAAUUGACCAGUUUGUCAAAGGGUUGGCAACAAAUAGAGUCUUGGAUGUGAUCAGAAACAGUCCUAACCAAUCCCGCAAGCUCUUACAAUAUUAUGAACAUGAGAAGCUGACUGCUGAGAUUGUUGAUAAUCAGUUUCAGCGUGUCUUUAGCGUGGACGGAAGUAACAAACGUGCUAAGGAGGAAGCUAUAGCCUUUAACUUUACACAUUACCUUGAUUAUGUUGAAGGUUUGAUUACCACCACAGUCCUAGAUCCUGAGACAGAUGAAAUUCACACCAGUAAAGCUGAACUUGCACAUGUUCUUCAGUUUGUUACUGGAUGCCCUGCCUUACCUGCCACUGGAUUUGACACAAAUCUAACUAUUGUUUUUGACCAUGAAGAGAUCCAGAGGAAACUUUCAGCAAACACCUGUUCCUGUACCCUUAACAUUCCA